CUGUAGCCAUUUUUGGAAUGUUCGAAGUGAAAGAUAUUUUUGAUUUUGUUUUUAAUGUAGGUCUACAAGAGAAGAUAAACCUAGAAUAUUUGUACUAUAUAGCGUUAUUUUAUUGAUAAAACCGUAGAAAUGAUGGAAGGGGGUGAUGCGGGUUCUAACGACAUUGAUAAGUCGCUAGAUUCGAUGUCAAGUGAACUAGAUGGGCUGAAACUCGAUUCAAGGGAGGGUACUCCUGCCGAUAGGGGUUUUGCCUCCUGCAAACGGCAAGAAGAUGUAAUUCUGAAAGAAAUAAGAAAGUCGGUUGCUUUAGGUUCAAAUACACUUGAUCUGAGCAAUAAAGGUCUUCUGCAGAUACCAGAAGAAAUCUUACAAAUGCCAACAUUAGAGCAUCUUUAUCUUGAAGGAAAUGAAUUGUCUUUUCUUCCUGAUGAGUUUUUUGAUUGUCUUCCAAAUCUAAAAUGGCUGGACUUAAGAAGAAAUCAGCUAACAAGAUUACCUAGUGUUUACCUUGGUCGACAUCAAAAUUUAAGAAAUCUUCUACUGGAGUUCAACAAUUUGAAGAGUUUACCUUUGGAACUUGGUUUAGUGAAGUCACUUUCUGGUUUAAAUAGCAGCAACAAUCCACUGGAGUUUCCUCCAAGUGAAAUAAUGGAGAGAGGAACACAAGAAAUUUUAAAAUUUCUCUAUGAGAUGCUUCAAGCUAAGGUUUCGUCAAAUUCAUAUGGAGAAUUUGAUGAUGAUAUUCCGAACUAUGAUGAGUUAGAUUCUGAUCAAAGUGAUGAUGAUUGGAUGACUGGUUAUACACGGGAUAGAUCCAAUCUGAAGAGUCGAGACUCAACUUAUCAGGAACAAAAUCCUAGUAGAAAAGAUUUGGGUGGUCCAGUUCCUCAGUCUGCUGAAUUACAUCGACCAGUCAGUUACUCUGAUAGAAAACAAGAACAGUUUGCGAGAUUAAAAAAGGCUGGUGCAUUGGGAACUAUAGACAGUCAAUUAUUUAGAAGACACAUGUUAAAUCGACGUAGAAGAAAAAAAAAGAUUAAACUAGCAAACUACAGUGGUAAUCUAGCACUACAUUCUAACAGUCACAAAAAGCCUGUUAAAGAAAAUGUGAAGAAUUGGCGAGUAAAUCAGUAUCCAGAACCACCUGCUCAUGAUUUUGUUGAUAUUAAGAUGGCAGAAGAAAGAAAAAUGGCUAAAGUUAAAGAAUUCAAAGAAAGACAAGAUGCGAUAUUACAGAGAAGGAGGGAUGAACAAUUGUUAAAAGAUUGGAGAGAUGAAAGUAAAAAAUUACAACAGAAGAAAUAUAUACAUGUUUUACAUACUGGUAACAUAGAUUUUGAAGAUCCUGUAACAAAGGCCCCAUUUGCAAUAGAAAAAGAUCAUAUUAAAGUUAUGUCUAAAGAAGAGAGAAUUAAGGCUGAUGUAAAAGUUGCUCAUGAAAAGAUACGACGUCCAAUAUCACCUGGUACUAAACAGAGAAUAGAAGCAGAGAAGACGGCUAGAAUCAAAGAAUUAGAGAAAAAAAUUAAAGAACAUUCAUCACAGAUGUUAGAACGACGAAAACAACCAAAAGGUUCACCACAAGAGGAAAUGGAGGCUGCCAAGAAAGAAUUAGCUAUAGUGAAGUUCCUACAGAAAGACUUGAUAAGACGAUAUCAGGAGCUAAAGACUUGGACAUCAGGUGUUUAUAGAUCUACACAGGGAAAUUAUAUUGAAUACAGCUGAAGAACUGCACAAACAGUUGAAGGUUAAACGUGGUGAACUCGAGUACCGGUUUAAAGCUUUUACAGCGGACAUCACAUCUGGUUAUUCCCAAUCAACACGCCUUAAAAACUAGAUCUGUGGCGCUCGAUAUUAGAAUAAUUGUAGUUAAGUUCCUGAUAUUAAAAAAAAAGGGAAAGAAAUUCCUGAUAUUAAAAGAAAAGAAACAGUCAACAAAAAAACCCCUUAAAUCUGUGGUGCUCGAUAUCAAAAUAACUGUAGGGAAAUUCCUGAUAUUAAAAGAUAAACAGUCAACAUAAAUAAAUUUUUUCAAUGAUGUGUCACAUAAUAAAGAAUAUUUGUUGAGUUUGCAAUCUCGGUUUGUGGAUAUAUUAUGAAGUGUUUUGUUUAGAAAACAAAUUUGAUGUAUAUCAAUUCUGUGAAAAGUUGCUGGUAGAAUUGUUAGAAAGAGACAAAAUGGACAUCUUCCAUAAUUCUUCUUCCAAGAAACUCUUCAAUCAAAAUAUUAACCAUAAACUUUUCAGGAACAAACUGUCUUCAUUUGUGUUAGAGAAAUAUUGUGUAUAUUAAUUUAUAUGAGUUAUAAGACAGGCUGAGACUUUGUCACCUCAAUAAAUUAAAAUGAACAAAGUGAUAGUGAGGUAAAAAUAUGGCAUUGAGUCAGUGGACAGUAUUGGAUCUGACUAUAGAAAAUUUCACUGGUUUUCACUGCAUCUCCCAAGAACGUCUUGUGUAUUGGUUUAUAAAAGGUAUUUGCUAUACCAUAAUGGUAAUCAGCAGACAUCAACUUGGGUGGUACGUACAGUGAAGUGAAGUACCCAGGACUCUUGUAAAAUGUCUUACCAUCUUUCUUCAUGUCAUACCGUCAUAUGUAUCGGUUUAUAAUGAAUGGUUUUUGCUAUAGUAUUAUGUUACAGACUUACAGUGAAGUAAAGUCCCCAGUGUCCUACCAUUGUAGAAUGUGUUACAAUCUUCCUUCAUGUCAUACCAUAUGUAUCUGUUUAUAACCGUUUUACUAUAAUGCUAGUUUAAUCAGCAGACAUCAACUUGAGUGUUAGAGACUUACAAUGAAGUACCCAGUACACUACUCUUGUAAAAUGUCCUACUAUCAUCCCUCAUGUCAUACAAGACCAAAUGAUAAUUAACUUUUACUAGUUUUUAAUUCUUCUGCCAUCAAAAUAUUCAACAUAAUAAUUUCCUUUAAUGAUUUCUUGCCUAUUAAUUUUCCAAGAUUGUAUUUUUCAAAUAUGUAACGUUAUAUUUACGUCUGAGUUAUUGUAUGAAUUUUGUUGUUAUUAUUUUGUGUAUAAUGUGUGUUGAAUAUCAAUUGAUUUGUAUUGGAAUGGUUAAAGAGCUAAGAGCAAUUAGAGGGGUAUUAAACUGGAUAAAUUUAAGAUCUUGAAUUUACUUACUGGUCAACAUAAUACUGUUUACAAUAGUCAUAAUAGUGACUUGAUGUUAUAUCAUUACAAAACAAAUCAAUAUUUAUUCAUUGUCAAGUACAUUCUUUCUAUACAGAAUGGUGGGUUGUAUGGCCGAAUGGUUAGCACAUGCGCGCUGUAUCAUAAGGUCUGUCAUUGAGUCAACUGGCAUGGUUUUGAUUCUCCGGUUGUACGCCUGUCCAAUCUCGUGGGUUUUCUCGGGGUCCUCCAGUUUCCUCCCACUGCUAUAGUCCCCUAUGCACAAUCGAAUUAUUGAAAUAAAAUUUAACCAUAUGUUAGUCCCGAAAUGACCUAGUUUGUGUCAAGUGGAUGUUAAACCCAAUUUCUCUCUCUAUACAGAAUUUUGUCUGUUUUGUCUAUUUGUGGUGUAGAUUAAGCCUAUGUAUUUGUUAUGUUUAUUAGGGCCUAAUGCCUAUUUAGAACAUUGUAUUUCACAUGUUUUGUAUAGAUGUGUUUAUUAGGGCCUGUUUUUUUGUCUGUUGUGUAUAUUAGGCCUAUUUAUUUGUCUGUUGUGUAAAUUAUCUGGCCUAUUUAUUCGUGAAUAUUGUAUUUCACAUGUUUUGUAUAGAUGUGAUUUUAAAAAUCUUAAAUUUCAUUUCACAAAGAUGUUGCUGUGAGCUGUGUUUUAAAGCAGACCGGGGGUUGGAUGGCCGAAUGGUUAGCACGCGCGCACUGUAUCAUAAGGCCUGUCAUUGAGUCAACUGGCGUGGUUUCAAUUCCCCGGUUGUACGUGACAAGGAGCAGGGUCGCCUGUCAACCCUCGUGGGUUUUCUCCGGGCCCUCCGGUUUCCUCCCACUGCUAAAGACCCCUACGUGCAAACGAAUUAUUGAAAUAAAAUUGUACCAUAUGUUAGUCCCGAAAUGACCUGGUUUGUGUCGAAUGGACGUUAAACCCCAUUUCUCUCUCUCUCUCUUUAAAGCAGACCACCAUAUACCACUUGCAAGGCAGACAGGGUUAGUACCACGACAUGGUAGCACUUUAGACUAAAAGGUCUGUCAUCAAUGCAAGUAUUGUGGCUUUGACACCUGGCAAUAAGUAGGAUGACCUGUUUUGUUGAUUGGUCUUUUGUGUGCACUGUAGACCAUAAGGUCUGUCAUGGAGUCAAGUGGUUUCGAUUCCAAGCUUGUACUAUUAGGGUCGCCUGUCCAACCUCGUAGGUUUUCUUCGGGCCCUCUGUUUUCCUGUCCCUACACACAAACAAAUUAUUGAAAAAAAAAAAAAAGAACCACGUUAGUCCCAAAAUGACCUUGUUUAAGUCCAGUGGAUGUUAAACCCCAUUUUGCUCUCUCUCCUUUUCUGACUUUUAUUCUCCAAUUGAAAACUCAUGAUGUAACAAACCGCCCGAGAAUCUCAAGGGCAACAAAAAACAUAAAAUCAUAAUUUGUUUCAUAGGAUUCUGUUGAACCCAUGAGACUGGAUCACCGAGUUAGAUCAAAAUGUUUUACGACCAAAAUGUUUUUCAACGUACGGUAUGCAAUAAGGAUGUGAUAUAUAGGACCAUACAUGUAGUUUAUAUAUGGGUGAAAAAAGGAAGAUAAAGAA